AUGACAGCGGUAUACAUUGAGCGGACGUCAACGGUUCUGUCAUUCGAUGAUACAGGGAUGAAUUUCAGUCGGAAUGAAAUUGACGCGAUUAAAAAGAUAUGGAGUCUGUUAAGGAUAGUAUUGGCUUCAGGGUUUGCCGGUUCAAACUCUCAAGUUAACAAGUCUACUAUACCAAAUAUAAGACAAGAGGAUGAUCUAUUACUUGCAUUCAUGCCAAUGGUUGCUAGACUGAAUGUUAUAAAUAUGAACUUUGGAAGUUCUGUGGGAAUCGAUGAUGAGAGAUCAAACGUGUUUGUCUUUAAAUUAAAGUCUAAUUUAUUGCAAUAUAUAAGUUUAAAUCAUGACUCUGAAGGUGGCACUUACAACAAUUUCGAUGUUUCCAAGUUUGAAGAUACAAUGUUUGACCAUUUACCAGAGUUAAUACGUUUGAUAUCUAAUAUUAUCUACGAUUUAGAGAACAUUCAUAAUAAUAGAUCAGGACUAUUAGGGAUGGGAAAAAUAUGUUCUCGUAUAUGGAACUUUGAUGUGAACCAUUACAACUUGAUUGGUGAAGCAUUGGUGUUAACUAUUCUAGAACAUGUUGGACGAAACGAGUUUUCAACUGAACUGGAAUUCACAUGGCUCAAAUUUUAUAAUAAAGUAUCUCAGUUAUUGCAGUCUGAGGGUGAAGAUUCAUUUUUUGAUUUACCUGUACUAGAAGAGACACCUAGAAGUAGAUUCACAAGCGAUACUACUACAUUGUCUACUAUAAGUCCAAAAUCUUCGAUAAAUUUUCCUGAUGACGACAUAUAUUCCGUUAGGGAACUACCAUCAGUCGAGCAAGAUCUUGACGCAUUCAACCUGUUAAAUGGAAUAGAUGAGGAAGAGGAAGAGGAUGAUGACUCCUAUGAUUUAAUUAAUGUGUUUGGUUAUAGCCAACCUGAAAUCAAGAGCCCAAAAAAGAAAGGAUAUACUUCACCAAUUAAACGAUUUAGAUCAAGGAGCAAGCCUCGAUAUUAA